AUGCCCGAUCUCGAUAAUGACAGUGUGUCAAGCAACCCUCCACCAAACGAGCAUACCUCACUCCUGUCCAAACCAAUUGACGAUGCACCAUCAUGGAACGAAAACCCAGAAGGAAGCCCUUACUCACGAGACCUCAUCCUCGCCGAAUUCUGGCUAUUGCUCAAAGACUCGAUCCCCGUGAUCCUAGCAUACGCGCUACAAAACAGCCUCCAAACCGUAUCAGUGCUGAUAAUCGGCCGCUCAUCACCACAAAAUCUGGCAACAAGUGCAUUUUCACAGAUGUUCGCCAUGGUCACUGCGUGGAUGAUUGCACUCGGCGGUACAACGGCCUUGGAUACACUUGCCUCAUCUUCAUUCACGGGCAGCGCCAACAAACAUGAUCUGGGAAUCCUGCUCCAACGCGGGUUUCUGGUUCUUGGUCUUUUCUAUAUACCCGUUGCUAUCCUGUGGGCUUGUUCUGAACCAGUCUUUCUCUUCCUGGGACAAGAUCCGCAACUUUCUCAUGAUAGUGCGCGGUUUUUGACUUGUUUGAUUCCUGGGGGUCUUGGUUAUAUCUAUUUUGAAGUCAUGAAGAAGUAUUUACAGGCGCAAGGAAUCAUGCGAGCAGGAACAUACGUCCUUCUUAUUACAUCGCCACUCAACGCCGGACUCAACUAUCUAUUCUGCUACACAUUCGAAAUUGGCCUUCUAGGUGCCCCCUUGGCAACAGGCCUCUGUUACUGGCUCUCAUUUGCCUUGUUAGUCCUCUACGCACGCUUUAUUAAUGGCUCCGAAUGCUGGGGCGGAUGGUCGCGUGAGGCCUUCCAAAACCUAGGCAUAUUCGCCAGACUAGCCCUCCUCGGUGUUGUCCACGUUGGCACAGAAUGGUGGGCCUUUGAGAUUGUGGCAUUGGCAGCCGGGCGCCUUGGAACAAUCUCCCUCGCUGCCCAGAGUGUCAUCAUGACUGCGGACCAAGUACUCAACACAAUCCCCUUCGGAAUUGGAGUUGCCACUUCCGCACGCAUUGGAAACCUACUUGGGAGUAGAGACAGCACCGGAGCUGCGCGGGCAGCGCAUACAUCUGCAGUGCUCAGCAUGGUCUUCGGUGGAGUUGUGCUGGCCGUUCUUAUUGGGACACGGGACCACUUCGCGAAGAUAUUCAAUGAUGAUAGGAGCGUUGUGCAGCUAACUGCUAAAGUCUUGCCUUAUGUGGCGCUUUUCCAGAUUGCUGAUGGGCUCAAUGGGAGCUGUGGCGGGAGUUUACGUGGUAUGGGACGGCAGCAUGUGGGUGCUUUGGUUAAUUUGGUGAGUUACUAUUGUGGUGCGUUGCCGCUCGGUAUUUGGCUUGCGUUCCAUGGCUGGGGGCUUCAGGGUCUGUGGGUUGGUCAGUGUAUUGCGCUGUAUUUGGUUGGGGUUUUCGAGUGGGGGAUUGUUGCUCGUAGUUCAUGGGAUGUUGAGGUUCGGAAGGCGUUUCUACGAAUGGAUGUACAUGAGACCCUAGAAGAUGGGGUUGAGCGGGAGUAG